AUGGCGGGAAUGAGGGAGCAGUAUGACACUGCCCUGCUAGGAAUUUUACAACAUGAGGGACAGAUUGCUGGGUUUUUGGACGCCAUGUUCGGAUUUCUUUACAGAAAAACUGACUUUUAUCGCUUAAUGAAGCAGAAGACGGACCGUCUUGGAUUUCCUGCAGGAGUGGCAGUGAAGAUUUUACUCAAUUCAUAUAAACAGUAUGAAGACUUGGCAAGAAAGGAUGAGGAAGAAAAGGAAAAAACAAGGAAAAAGAAAGUGGCAUUGGAGCCUACUGAUACAAUAGCUCCAGCAGCUGUUAAGACUGUGGAAGUAUCAACAUCUGACCAACCUGCUGGUGAGGUCGAAAGUGAGCCUGUCAUUCCAAAGGAGCCUGCUAAAACUUCAGGUACCCAGGAAGCUCCAGAACCAAUGGCAACAGAGGAUCACAGUCGAGUUGAAAACAAACCAUCAGACUCAAGCAGUGAAAAUAAAGAUGAAGAUCCAGAGCUUACUAGACAACAACAGACAUUUCAGGCCAACCCUGCCAGUCACAAUGGAGCUAUGAGGGACAACUACUCUUGGUCGCAAACUAUUAAUGAUGUUGAUGCACAGAUCAAAGUACCAAAGUAUUUAACCAAAGGCAAAGAUGUUAAAGUUGUGAUAGAGAGAAAGCGACUGAAAGUCUCCCAUAAACAGGACACUGGGCAAUGGUUAGAUAUUGUGGAUGAUGACCUGUCUUGGGAGGUCAUGAAGGAGGAGUCCAUGUGGAGUCUGGUGCCUGGUGACCAUGUACAUGUAAAUUUGGAGAAGAAAGAGGAGAGGUGGUGGGAGGCUUUACUUUCAUCAGAAUCCAAGAUUAAUGUAAGGAAGAUUGAUGCCAGUCGCCCGAUGACCGACCUAGAUGACGAGGCCCAAGCUAAGAUUGGUGAGAUGAUGUAUAAUGAGCGACAAAAAAGACUAGGACUCCCUACUAGUGAAGAAAAGAAAGUCCACAACUUACUUCGAGAAGCCUGGGAUGCUGAGGGGUCACCAUUUAAAGGACAGCCAUUUGAUCCCUCAAAGAUGAAUAUGAAUCCUGGUGGGGUUAUUUCCAUAAAUGAGGAUAAACCGUGAUCAGAACCAUCAACAUUACUGAUACAUUUUCACCACAGAAACCAUAGAAUAUUGCUUGCAUGCAGUUUGGAUAUACAUAUAUAUGGAAUUGCUUUAUCUUUGUUUCAUUUUGUGUUACUUCAUUACUCAUACUGUUAAGAAUUGUCCACACUGAAGUUCCAUAAAAUAAAGUUUUUAUUUA